AAACACAUAGGAGAUGUCAACAAUACAAAAAAAAACCUUGUUGUAUUUGAUGACAGCUGCACCCAUCCUGAGUGAAGAUGGGUUCGAAGACACUUAUUAAUCUAGUUAAUUUUUUUAUAUUUAAUUCCGAAUAUGGACCGAGAGAAGGCGAAGAGGAAAAGAAGAUUAUGUUUUACUUCCCCAAAGACACAGACAUCGAUUCAAAGAUAAAAAAUGUUGGACUUUGUGAGGCUCUUAUCAAAUUUGCUGAAACAUUUUCUGACAAACCCUGUGAAAGUUUACAUACAAUGAAAACUCGACAGCUGUUUUUGGAGGCUGAAAAAGAUUUUUGGGUCAUUAUGACGGUGAGUAUUCCUGUCACAGAGAAGGUUAGUAAAGAUGGGAUCACAUAUAAUGAAUACCACGAGGAGGAUGUGCAGGAUUCAGUGUUUGAGGCUGUGUUAAGGCAAUCCUACAGGAUGUUCACACUUUUCAAUGGAACAUUCACAAGUAUUUUGUCCAGAACUGAUGUAAAUGGACUACAGCAAAGACUGGAUCACUUUUUCUCCAGGUAUUUGUUAACCUUGAAGGUGGAGCAGAGUGAUAUAUUAGAUGUGUUUAAUGGGAUCCACUUCCUGCCUCUGGACAAGAAUACUUACCUCAGGAUUCAGUGUUUUAUUAAUCAGCUAGAAGCUAAUUUCCCCACUGUCAAGUACACAACAUUUCUGUAUAGUGAUCAGCUAGUCUGGAGUGGCUUGGAGCAAGAUGAUAUGAGAAUAAUUUAUCGAUACUUGACGACAAGUCUGUUCCCAAAUUAUAUGGAGCAGGAGCUACAUGCUGCUGUUGGCAACUCGACCAAGCCAGCGAUCCCUUUACUGGGAGUCAGCGCGCACUAUGGCAAGUUUAUUACUGGCCCUCCAAACAUGAAAGACACGGAAAAGAUGGGGAAAAUCCCAAGAGUUUAUGUGAAUACAGAAAGACCAAAUGAAGACACUUUAUUGUUGGUCUACAAGGCUCUCAGUGCUAGUGUGUGUCUGUUCAUUAGAGCAUCCAACCCUCCAACCUUUGACCUGUGUCAGAAGUUGGACACUUUCCUGGGCCCUCAGCUGACAGCCCUGGCCUCAGAUAUUGGGGAACAAUACUCCAAGAGAACUGGACUGGGCAACCUGGCAGAGCCUCAGUACAGGUACAUAUACUUUAACCACAUGAAUCUGGCACAAAAAACCACCGUCCACACGGACAGCAAGAAGUCUGCCAACAUCCACAUACCCCCUGAGACACUGAAACUGCUCGGCGAUAUCAACUCUGACCUUACAUGGAAUGAUGAGAAUGGAGAGACAGUAAUGAAGACGCUGACGGACUGUUGGGUGGUUGGCAAGAAGUCUGACCAGAGGGAGUUUUAUGUUGUGCUCAAUCAGAAAAAUGCCAAUCUUAUAGAAAUCAAUGAGGAAGUUAAGCGACUUUGUGCAACACAUUUCAACAGUAUAUUUUUCUUAGAGUGAUACAACCUGUGUUUCUUGUUGGAAGGAUUUCAAUAUCUGUGAUUUGAAUGUUUACAACUAGGCCAGCAUUUUAAAAUUUCAGUGUGAGGCAAGAAAUACUUCUAGAUGCAACCUUUUUACUCAAUAGGUAGUAACAUACAAAUAUUAACAGCAGGUGCCCAGCUGGCACCAUAAGUGUUUUUCCAGGAAAGUCAUUGACACAGUCAGCUGUUUGCCUGAUAAUAUUAGUACAUGUACUCAUUUAGUGGAAAAGAAGAGAAAGUGGAAGAUUUUCAAUCAGUGCUAAUGAGCCCCACCACUACAUACAAAACAGUUGUCUCAGGAUUGAGCAGUUCAUUUUUUCAUUUGAUGCUUGUGCCCAUAAAAAUCUGGGUAGUACAAAAGCUUUGCAUUAUCACAUGUGAGAAACUAGUGCCACCUCAAAAAUGGUUGUGUCAAGUAUGUUUUAUUUGCCAAUCUAGCCUUCACUGGCUCCACUGUUUCAGAGCUAGACCACCUGUGGACAUGGAAUGGCAUCUUAGUGUUGACAUAUCAACAAACAUGUUAACACUUCACUCAAAAUUCAAACAGAGCUACUAUUAAAAUGAUUUACUUAAGGAAGUUUAAAAUUUGUACACUGAUUCUUCACUGUAGAACAAUGAACCAUCAACCACAAUUUGAGUUCUUUCCAGGCCUGAGUGUGGUUGUUUAAGUACUUGCAAUUUAUGAGUUAAGUUGCCUAAUAAAUAUGAGCCCGGUAAUCUAUGGAUGCAAAUAUAAAUAAUGAAGUAGGGGUUUCAAGUACGUGCAGUGACCAGUGUGCUAUAAUGCAUAGCCCUAUAGGUGGACUACAGCUGCUUUGGGCCGAAUGAUGAACAUAAUCCACCUGAAAGAAGUCAGUCCAAGCAGUGAACAGUGUGGUUUUUUUCUGUAAUUCGUCACUGUUUCUGUGUAGUUUUGAUGCUAAAGCAAAGAUGUGCACUGUAGUUCACAAGCACUGCUGCAAAAAAUGAUGAGUUUUUAUGCAGCAUGAAACUGACUUGUUUAGGCAGAAAAUGUUUCCCUUUGUAAAGAAUAAUGAACACUGCUAAGUAAUGGAACCAAAUUCUGCUUGAGUGCUAACGCAGAUGGAAUUGUUAGAUUGUACAGUGGGAUGGCGUUUCCUGACCAUGUUGUACAUGUCCAGCUGAUUACAUUUAUUAGUAGAGUUGUGUUGAGCUGUGUUCCAUUUGUUCUUCACACACCAUGACAUUUGUCAUAUGAUGCUUGAUAAUGGUAUUAGUACCUAUACCAAAUGUUGCUCACUGAAUAAAUAGAAGUUGUGAUCCAUAUAUUUGUGAUGUUAAAAUCAAUAUGGUGUAAAUGCUUAAUUGGAUUUCACAAUCAAAACCUGUUUUUAUGUAUUUAUUCUGUGAACUUGGGAAAGUAAAUUAUGAUAUUUAUCAUAAUAAAAGUACUGGCUACUUUGUGAAGCCAUGACCAGUUAUGUACACAGCAGAAUUCUUGAACAGAUGUGUAGGAAGUGUCUGAAUAUUCGAUGUAUACAAUGAACAUGCUCAAAUGCUUUUACAAUAACUCAUGUAUUAAGAGAUUUUUAAUUAGCUGAACGUUGUUCUGUUUUGUGAACAAACUUACUGUUCUCCAAACUUGGAAAGUUCAUGUCACUGGGAGUAGAACAGUGGGGUAGUGAGGUGCGCUCUGUAACACCCCACCCCUCUAUCCCUGUGCACAGGUGUCAGGUGUUCUCAUUCUUUGCAAAUGUGCAGAAUGACAGAAUCAUUAUCUCUGCAUGGGGUAUAUUCAAUAAUUUAUUGCUGAUCAUUAUUAUAAAUUAGGAGUAAUUUUUCAGCCGUGGAAAAACUACAGUAGUAAAAAAUAUGAUUGACAAGUACUAAGCCAGGUAGAGAAAAUAAGUUUUACAAUUGUUAGGCUAUUUUCCAAAUUUAGGGUAAUCUGAUUAUAUUUGGACAUACAAAGACUUCUUUGUUGACCCAUGCCUACAUAAAGACAGGUGCGUGUGUGAUUCCAUGUGAUCAUGAAUAUCACACUGGUGUAGACCUGAGAUGGGACUUGUAGAAAUGCUUUGUUUUUAGCAAUUCAUUAUUACUAUGCUGCAGCUAACUAAAGGAAGGACAGUAAAAUUGCACAAAUCAAUAUACAGUGUAUGAAACAUGCAACCCUGGUUAACAAGUUUGAAGUGAUAAAUGUACAUGUAUUCUGUCUAACCUCUAACGUUUGUGUUAUGCAAAUUGUAUGAUGUUGAAACUAGUUCAUUAUGUGGCAUGACUGAUCAAAAACUGUAACGGAAGAACCAUAAAUUAAACAUGCAUACCUCAGUGUACAUCAGUCAAAAGCCUACUCAUUUAUGUAUUUGCAUAUAACAUUGUUCCUUGGGAGUAACAGAACGGAAAUGCAUCUAGAUAAGCGUGAGAGCUCCUAUUAUUUACAAUAUUUUAAGGAAAUUAAUUUGGUUGUGUACAUUCACAUGGAAACUGUUACAGAACUAGCCUACAUGACCUAAAAUUUCACCCCUUGUUUCCUCCCACCAUGAUACUGAGCACCGUCAAUCCUGAGUACAGAGUAAAACACCAAUCAAAUAAAUAAAUAAAAUUUCGCCAACAAAAGUGCAUUUCUAGAGGCAAAUAUAUUGUCACAAAAUACUUUUUUUGGUUGUGAAACUUACAAUUUUCCAGCCGAAUAUUAUCCUGUGUUCCGAGCAAACCUCAGAACAUGUUUCUAAAAUCAACAGACCUCUCAAUCAGGAAAAGUGGGCAAGUUAACCAUGCAUGAAAUUUAGGGUCAUUUAGGGUAUGCUUUUACAUGUUGGCCUAUGUAGACCUAUAUGUAAACAUACUGUGAAAAGUAGUUUUUUUCACCUUGUUUAAUUUACUUAUUUAUUUGAUAGGUGUUUUACGGCCGUACUCAAGAAUAUUUCACUUAUACGACCGCGGCCAGCUUUAUGACGGGUGGAAACCGGGGGAAACCCACAGCCAUCUGCAGGCUGCUGGCAAACCUUCCCACGUACGGCCCUCAUGAGCUGGACUGGAACUCACAGCAACCGCAUUGGUGAGAGGCUCCUGGGUCAUUAUGCUGCGCUAGUGCGCUAACCAACUGAGCCAUGGAGGCCCCCCACCUCAUUUAAAGAAUUGUUAACCAUAAUGUGUAAUUUUUUGGCACCCUCUUGAAAGUGAUACUAAUCUCAUUGUGUAAUUAUUUGGCACCUUCUUGAAACAGUUGUUAAUUUUAUUGUGUAAUUAUUUGGCACCUUCUUGAAUGUGAUGUUAAUCUUAUCCUGUAAUAGCUAGGCCUCUGCAACAUAUGUUAUUGAAUAUACUACAUAUAUAUAUACAUUGUGUGAAUAUUACAUGUAUAUGAAUUAUAUGAAUGAGUCUAUGGUAAAAUAUCUGGUGAAAUGGUUAUAUAUGUGGCCAUUCAGUGUAAUUAGUGGUGAGAGACAUGCGUACAAUUUAAAUCAGGUUAUAAACAUGUACUGUACAAGUCAUAUCCAAUAUGAUAUUUGUGUUGAUAGGUCAUCAUUAUGCAGAAAAAGGGAUAUGCUAUACAAUAAACCUGUGAAAUAAACUUCUUCCAUUUCAAAGAAAA